CACACACACACAUAUAUACUAUAAGCACAACCCUGUGGUUUCACGAGACAGAGUUCGCAAGACGAAAGUAGUGAAUGUGUAAGAGAGGCAGAGCAACAAAGAGCCAAAAUCCAACGCAAAGUGCAUGAAAAGAAAGGGGAUAAACUACUUCGGUUGAGGAACUGGUGAACUAUACCUCCAUUUGAAACAUGCAGCUGAAGCAGUGGGUGUGUGUGGCUGUUCUGGCUCUCUUGCUUGUCACAGAUGUGCUAGCAGAAGCAGGGAAUGCAGAGAAACAAGGUAAGAAAGAACGUAAGUCAGGAUGUGGAGACUGGCAAUGGAGUGUCUGUGUGGCACAUGAGGGUGACUGCGGCCUGGGCACUAGAGAAGGAACCCGUACGGGCGCUGACUGCAAGCAGAAAAUCAAAACUCAGCGAUGCAAGAUUCCCUGCAACUGGAAGAAGCAGUUUGGAGGUGAAUGCAAGUAUGAUUUCCAGUUAUGGGGUGAGUGUGAUGUAAUCACAGGGAUGAAGACCCGGACUGGCACGCUGAAACGCGCUCUCCCGGAUGCUAACUGUCCCGCCACUGUGUCUGCCACCAAAUCCUGUGGCAAGACCAAGACCAGGUCCAAGCUACAGGGCUCGCUGAAGCCGAAACGUGGCGGGAAGAAUAAAGAGCAAGCCCCGGUGGACUAGAGGUGAAAAAAAGAGAAGAAAUAACAGUCACCCUUCCCCUACACUUCUCUACCCUGAGAUGGAAGAUACAGGGGCGGCUGUAGUCACGCAUGGAUGGAAGGACUUAAGAAGACGGAAAAGAGAAAAUAUUCCUCCCCACUUUCCCCUAUAGACCUGUAGGUGAUUUGUAGAGGUUUGAAUAUAAAUAUACGUAUAUAAUAGUCAAUAAAACGUACUAAAUCACGUACUCAGUUCAUUCUGGCAGGUCGUUUAGCUUUUUUUUCCUUCUUCUUCAAGAAAUAAAUGCUUGAAAUGAGCUAAAUGAUCUGCCGAUACAACAAGACAGUUUCAAGCUUGAAAUGCGUACAAAAAAAUUCUUUUUAAACAGAGAAACGAGCUUAAUAAUCUUUAUUUAAAAAAAAAAUAAAAGAGAACUAUGUGAACUGGAUUAUAUUCAGGAUAUUUGUUCUUGCUAAGAUCAUCAUUUCUGCAGUGUUUAUCCGUAUACUUCCACGACACAAUCCCACGGAAUUGUGCUGUGAAACCUUAACAACAGCAAUACACCAGAUGCAGUAUACGAUUAUUAAACCUAUUUCUAGACUCAUUUCAAGCUUUGAAUUGUCUUAUUCUGUUGGCAGACAUGAUCUUCCAAUGGAACAAGACUAUUUCAAGAACAAGACUUUAGUUAAACACACACACAAAAAAACCCAACAGUGUAUAGAAAUAGGUUUAAUGACCUUAUAUUUAGUUUAUUGUAAUCUUAUAAUAGGAAUUCUAGAUAAAUCUAUAUUCAAGAUAUUUUCACUUGCUAAGCUAUGAAAAUGUGCAGCAAGCUUCCAGUGUGAAAUCCAUCUGUCUGUCUGUCUGUCUGUCUGUCUGUCUGUCUGUGGUGAUAUUACUGCUCCUUCUUACUCCGCGCCACAUGAAAUAAAGUCAUCUAUAAUCCACA